AUGGCGCUGUGGGGGUUUGCUGGGAGGUAUUUGAUGAGAUUUUCCAUUUUCGGGUCUUUGAUGGCGUCUGAUAAGCGGGCGUGGACUCGGGUCUCUGUGAAUCGGGCGCCGGCGUCGGAGCAUUGGACGGCGGCGGGGUUUUCAGGGUCGAUUUUUCCGGCGAGUGCGGGGAAUAGAGAGAGGGCGUGGGAGAAGGAUUGUUUCAGGCGAUGGGAGAUAUGGGCGGCAUCCGAGGUUUUGGUCGGGGCCGGAGUUGAGAAUUAUGAAUAUGGCAAUUUUCUUGAGUUGGAUGGAUGCAAGUGCUCGAAGGGAAAUGGCGUGGUUUCGCCCCUGGCAGUGGCAAGAGGAGGGUUGGAGGGGGAAGGGAAUAAAUGGGCUGUAAAUGGGCUUAAAUGUAUUAAAAAAAAACAGACGGGGAGAGCUUCUUCUCCAUCCCUGACUCCCUCUCCCUGUGCGCAGAUUUCAUGGAAGGGCGCCGCCUCCGGCCGGUGA